AAAGUAAGCUAUAAAAGUUUACUAAAAGAUUUGUAUUAUCAACCGAAAGAUAAGAACUCCAACAUGAUACCUUGUCUAAACAGGUAAAGACUAUAAGGUUUCGUAUACGUUUGACUGGCUUCGGAAUCAUAUAACAACCUUUUCUAUUAAAUAAGCAGUAUAUUGUCGUCUCUCGUCCAAUACAAAAAAAGAAAUGUCACACGCAACUGAAAGGACCAGGUUAUUGUCGGAUAAAAGAAAACCGCAAUAUCUAUUUGACACCAGCAUAGCACGAGAGCGUCAAAGACGAGUCAAACAAUUUCAGUGUUGUUUGUGUGUUAUAUUUAUUUCUAUUUUAAUAAUUGGAUUUUUGGUGGCCGUGGCAUACAUCAUAAGCCGCUCGAACAAAGAAUUAAUAAACUCGACAAACGUAACAGACGCACUUCAGGUUUUAUUAACGAAUUCUUGGCCUUUGAAUGAUAAAACUCCAGAGAAAAUAUUUUGCGAUAACGAGACCGUGUGGAAUGAAGCGAUGCAAGAAGGAAAAAAAGCUUUAAACAAGAAAAAUAAAAUUGCUAAAACUGUCAAAGAAUUGCCUUUGGAUAGUCCCAGUUACAAGCAUCAAAAAGUUUUCUUUAAUUCUGAGAAAACACAAUUUUUGGCAGAUCAAGGAUACAUACGAGAAGUUGCUAGAAGAUACUUUCCAGUUAACGCGUCUAAAAUUUGCAACAAAAGUGAAUGCAGUUUAGUCAAUAUUUCGUGUAAUUUUUUUUACAAAUAUCGUACUUACAAUGGAAGUUGUAAUAAUUUAAAGCUAAAAACUUCUGGCGUUAGUUUUCAACCAUUUCGCAGAACGUUACCACCCGAUUAUGCCGAUGGUAUCAGUAAACCAAGGGUUACCAAGGAUGGUUUUUCGUUACCAUCCUCUCGAACUGUUAGUUUAGAAGUACAUCGUCCUUAUUAUAAAAACGAUGAAGCAUUUUCUGUAGUUCUAGCAGUUUGGGGACAGUUUUUAGACCACGACAUGACAGCAACGGCUUUAAGUCAUGGACCCAACGGAACAUCCAUUUCUUGUUGUCUAGAUAAUCAAACAGUCCAUCCUGAGUGUUUUCCUGUGAAAUUAGAUCCCUACGACCCUUACGCUCAAUACAAUAUAACCUGCCUAGAGUUUGUUAGAUCAGCACCAGCACCUAGUUGUUGUCUUGGCUAUCGUGAACAAAUGAAUCAAGUAACUUCUUUUAUAGAUGGUUCAGUUAUUUACAGUGUAGAAGAAGAAACUGUCAGAGAACUCAGGACAAUGAAAGGAGGAGAACUUGACAUGUAUGUGACUUGGGAUAAUCGCACUUUAUUGCCUGCGUCGACAAAUUUAAGAGAUGGUUGUAACAGAAAAGAAGAAUAUAAAAAAGGAAAGUAUUGUUUCUUGACAGGUGACGUUCGCGCCAACGAAAAUUUGCAUUUAACAAGUAUGCAUUUAAUUUGGGCUCGGCAACAUAAUUUGCUUGCUAAAAAAUUAGCAGCGCUGAACACUAAAUGGGACGAUGAGAGGCUAUUCCAGGAGACACGAAAGAUAAUAGGUGCACAGAUGCAACACAUCACUUACAACGAGUUUUUGCCCAUUCUACUAGGGGUGGAUCUAAUGACAAAAUUUGAUCUAUCACCACGAACUUCCGGUUACUUUGUGAAGUAUAAUGACAGCGUUGAUUCCUCUAUAGCCAACAAUUUUGCUACUGCGGCAUUCCGAUUCGCCCACUCUAUCAUUCCGGGUUUAAUGAAAUUUUUGGCAAAGGAUACGUCCAGUCCUGAGUUUAUUCAAUUGCAUAAAAUGUUAUUUGACCCUUUUAAAUUAUAUCAACCAGGAGAAUUAGAUAGAACUCUAAGAAGUGCGAUGGACACAACAAUACAAGCCAACGAUCCCUACUUCUCCAAUGAAUUAAAGCAGCAUCUUUUUGAGGACAAUUCUGACAAAAAAAUUAAAAUGUGUGGUUUAGAUUUGGUCUCUUUGAAUAUACAACGAGGUCGUGACCAUGGAUUAGUUGGCUAUAACAGCUGGCGCGAGCAUUGUGGAUUAACCAAAGCCUCUAACUUCGAACAACUUGUGGGGGAUAUCGAUGAUGAUUCACUUCGAAACAUAAAAAGCGUCUAUAGAAAUGUGGAGGAUAUCGACCUUUACACCGGAGCUUUGAGUGAAAAACCCAUAAAUGGUAGCAUUUUGGGUCCUACGAUCACUUGCUUAAUUCUCGAUCAGUUUGUCAGAGUUAAAUAUGGUGAUAGGUUUUGGUACGAAAAUCCCAACGUAUUUACUCUUAAACAAUUAGAAGAAAUUCGGAAGACCAGUUUAGCGAAGAUUAUUUGCGACAAUGCAGAUGAUGUUGAUAUUAAAGUACAACCUUUGAUUAUGAAGCAAAUAACCGAAGACAAUCAACUCAUUCCGUGUAGCAGCUUGCAGGAACCUUCCGUAGGUCCCUGGAAGGACUUUCUUCCACAUGUCAGCUUAUCAGACGACGCAGUUUCUGUCGUAGCCACAGACGUGUGAUUAAUAAAGAAAGCACAAGCAUUAAAAUAAAUGCACUAAUCCAUG